UAUAAAAAUUUGAAUAAUGAUCUUGAAGAACAAGCCUCUUUUCAGCUUUAUUUUGAUAUCGACUUAGAUUCUUUUAAUAAAAAUAUCCUAACUGAUAUUACUACUAAAGAAAAAAAUUUACAUGUUGUCGAUCUAGUAGUUAAUGCAAUUAGUGAUAGUGAUGAAUAUAUCUAUGAUAAUUCAAUUAUAAUUGAUGAAAUUAAUAAACCAUCUACUAUAAAUAUCAAUAUCGAUAUUGCAAGUGAAAUUUGUGAAACAAGCGAUAGUUCUACAGAUGAAGUUGAACAAAAAUAUGCAAGGCUACAUCAAGCGCAACGCAUUCUUAAUGAAUCAAAGACUUUUCAUAAUCCUCAAAGAUUUCUUAAUAAUAUGAAAUCAAAAUUAAACCCGCUUGAGAAAUUCGUUGAAGAUAUUUUGAACCAUGAAAAUAGGCAUACGUUACCACGAACCUGGAAGGACA